ACAUUGUCAACCAGCUCACAGACUCCAUUCAAAAACAGUUGGCUUUAUUCUGUCUGAAGUUGCAAGAGAAGCAUAUUGUUCAGAGAGCAGUACAGUCAGCUGUGAUCAAUGAGUUGGAGUUAAUAUUUAGUCAUUUUCAUCAAACCUAUCAGGCUCUUGUUGCCACUUGUUUAGAGAAUGUAAACAUAGAUGUCAAUAAUCCACAACUUGCUUUGCUCAGAGAGCCAUUUUUGGUUGAACAUUGCUUCAGUGCAGUCAGUAGUGUGUACAGGCUCGACAAGUAUUGUCUUGAAACACUGUCAUUAAUUGAGCCGAAAGAGUAUAUUCUUGGGUGUGAUUCUCGUGGAAAACACACUUUCCAAUAUGUUCCAUUACUUGAUGUGCUUAACCUAGUUCUGAGGAAUAGUGCAUAUCAGAAACAAAUUUUUGAUUGUUCUCAAAAAAAGUGUGAUGCUUUAACCAACUUCAGUGAUGGAAGUAUUUUUCAAGAAUCUCAAUUCUUUAAUUGUGGCCACCCGUGUUUAACUCUUCAGUUAUACAAUGAUGAAUUUGAGAUAGUGAACCCCUUGGGAUCUAAGAGAACCUUGCAUAAAGUUUCAGCUUUUUAUUUUUCUUUGGGAAAUCUGAAACCCCAAUUUAGAUCAGCUUUGAAAAACAUACACCUUCUAAUUCUUGUAAAACAUAGUAUUUUAAAACAGUAUGGUGUAGCAAAAGUUUUAGAACCACUUUUAAGUGAUGUCUUAACAUUACAAUCUGAAGGUGUAAGAGUUUGUUACAAGGAUCAAGAAUAUUUUGUCAGAGGGACCAUUGCAACUGUAUGCGCAGAUAAUUUGUCAGCUCAUGCCCUUGCAGGAUUUUCUUGCUGCUUCAACAGUGGUAGAGUGUGCAGGUAUUGCUUAUGUCAUUACAAGGACAUUGCAGCAAAAACACUUGAGGAGGACUGUGUUCUGCGUACACGUGAAGUUCAUGAAUAUCAUUUGAAAUGUGUUGCAGAUGACUCUACAGCCACUACAGUGUAUGGUGUAAAUGGACCCUGUGCUUUCAGUGUUCUUCCUCAUUUUGAAGUCACAAAGGCAUUUCCUCCUGAUGUUAUGCAUGAUGUUUUAGAGGGGGUUAUACCACUUACACUUAAGCUGGUGAUCAAGACACUACACAAGGACAAAGUUGUGACUGUUGCGGAACUCCGUAAUCUCCUGCAGGACUUUAGCUUUGGACAAAAUGAUAUCAGGAACAAGCCACCUCCUUUUUCAGAAAAAGUUUCUGCCAAUGGACAUAUAAUUGGCAAAGCUGUUGAAAAGUGGACACUGUUUCGCCUGUUGUCUUUUGUAAUCGGAGAUAAGGUUCCCACUACUAAUAAGGACUGGCAAUUGUAUAUGCUUCUGCGUGAGAUAACCGAAAUACUCCUAGCUCCAACAAUUGCAAAAAGCUGGAUUAGCUACUUAGGUUUUUUAGUUGCGCAAUUCAUUGCUACUUUUAAAGACCUGUAUCCUGGUGCUCUCACUCCAAAGGUGCAUUAUCUGUUGCACUAUCCUCGUCUCAUACUGGAAUUUGGACCACCACGGUCCAAUUGGUGUAUGAGAUAUGAGUCAAAACAUUUGUACUUCAAAAAAGUGGCCCAGGUUAUGAAUAAUUUCAAAAACGUGUGUUACUCACUGGCCAAAAGACAUCAACUCAGACAAUGCUGGGAGUGGAACACAUCAACAUCAUUUCUAACAGACACUGUACCUUAUGAAACUACCAAAGUCAGUUCAGAAGAAUUGCCUGAUUCUGUGCUGACCUACUUCAGAAACCUGGGACUAACUGAGGAAGACGAACUCUGGAUGACAAAAGCUGUGACAGUGAACACUACAAGGUAUUGCACUGGGGACUUUUUCAUCAUCGACCUGUUGGAAGGUGAACAAAUACCAUUGUUUGUGCAGGUCUGUAAGAUACUGCAUUUUCGGGCAAACUGGUUUCUGGUGGCAAAAAGCUUUGCAACUGUUGCAUUUUCCAGCCAUCUACAUGCUUUUCAUGUGGAAGAAACUGAUGAUACAGUCAUACUGAAGCCUGGAGAUGAAAUUGACUUCCACCCACUUGACUGUUACCGCUGCGCAGGCAAAGACUAUAUUUCCCUCUUACAUCGUCCAUUCAAAUCGCAUGAUUGAAGAGAAUGAAAUUGAUGGUGCAACACUGCUGGGAUUAUCGGAGCGGAUGUGUGAACGGAUAUUUCCCAAAAUAAAUGACCAGGUGCGCUUUAUGGCCAUCCUCAGUACCCUGAAAGCAAAAGAAAAGAAUAUAUCGCUACUGCAUGAUGAAGAACCAGAUGUACCUGAAAAUCCCACCGCAGGAUGUUUUCAACUUCGGUUCCCUCAGUUCCUUGUCAGAUCUUUGAACAACAAAGACCCAGACCUGAAGUCUCACCAGCGAAACAAAUUGAAGAAUGCACUCAUACAGGCUCUCUAUGAUACACUGAGUGUUCAGACCAUGUAUCCAACACAUACCCAGUAUGUGGAUUUGAUGCGAACGCUUCUCAUGCAGUAUCCAUUUUUGCGUGAGAAAUAUGGAUCAGGAUAUGAUGCCCUGUUGGAGUCCCUGCGCAACAAAUUCAAAAAGGAAAGAAUUCCCCUGAUCAGCAACAGUGAAGUAGCAAAAAUGAGGAAGAAAUUCUCAUUACCAAAUGGUGGAAGGAAGCUAAGAGCAGAGUCAGAGGGCAGUGACCCUUCUGUGAAAAAAAUCAGGGCUACCUUGGAGAUGCACGAUGGAGAAGCUGAUGGAGAAGAUGAGCACAGCAUUCAACACCAUAAAGAAGCAAUGAAAAAAGAAGCUCUGAAACAGACGCCCAACUAUGACCUCAUAAUUAAUGGAAUGGUUAAGACGCAAAAAUACAGGGCAAACUUUAUUCAGGAACACUCGACAGCUGCAGUCCUGGAGGAGUUCCCUUAUCUACGCCAUCCAUUCUUGAUUCUAGAGGAAGUGAAGCUCAUCAGCAAAGUGGACGUGGAGAAACGCAUAGUCACCAACUUUGCCAAGAUGUCCCAAAAAAUUGUUGACAAGGCUCCUAAAAGUGCCCUCAAGGACAAGUGUUUGGCUGGGCUUGAUGCCUCAGAGACAGAGGAGGAAAGAAGAGGUCAGAUUGUCAACACUGCAGUGCUUCUACUACCUUCUGUCUUCAAAGAGGACCCACAGCAGCUAUUUGUCAUUGACAAGGAUCCAGUGUUUCCAACACCAACUGUUGUCCUGACAGGCUGCAGGGACGAAAACCCACUGCAGAGUGAGGCCAUCACUGUGAAGAUGGAUAAUGAAGAGAUACUCCUUGAUGAUGGCAGUGUGGACAUCUCCCUUGCCCUGGCUGUUACUUUUUGUCUUUACCACAUCUUCCAAGUUCAGUAUCCCAAAAACUUGAGAAAGACUGUUUCCUUUCUGGAAACUUUUGUUUUCGAAAUGAAGGGUUCUGUUCCAAUUGCUGUGCAAAGGUUUUAUAAUUCACUGUGAAAAGCAAGCCUGGCACUGUCUGUUAUGGUUUUCCGUUUGUUCUGUCAAUGUGAUUUUGCAAAUGUGUUCAACUCGAGUUGCUCUUUACCGUCACUAUUUUUCCAGCAUUAUAAAAAAAAAAAAUUCAGCACUUUAUAAUACCUUUUUGCCUUGCAUAGGAUUAUAUUAUGUCUGCUUGUUUACACUGUUUGUUCGCAGUGCAUGGCCCAUGAAGUGACUUACAUCACAAGACAUUUAAGAUGGCGCCUGUAAACUUGCGUGACAGAGCUUUCUUGCUUGAGAAGUUACUACUUUCCUGAAGCAAAUAAAUUGGCUGCAUAUUGGAACCUUGCAGUAUGAGUUCUUUUUUUGACUUUCACCUGCUUAAGAUUUUUGGUACAGAUGUGGGUAGGGACUUUCUUUGAGAAUGUCAAUUUUAUACAUUUUUAUGAAAAAAUUAGAUCGUUGUACCUUUUUUAAUGGCACAGUUAAGCGAUUUGCAUUCAAUUGUUUGCUUUGAAGGACAUGUUAUAUGAUCAGUUUUUGUUCUGGUGUUUAAUUUUGUGGAAAUAAUUUUUUCAAGAAAUGUAGAAACAAGAAACUUCCCUUUAUAACCUCUAAAACAAAGUUUUGUCUGGGUGUAAAUGAAAACAUUUGACAGGAAUGAAACAGUGAUUUAAUGUAAUUGGGUCCAAAAUUUCCUUUUUGGUUUAAUUACUGCACUUAAAUUGAUAAUUUCUGAUUAAAACACCCAAAAAAACUUUUUCUGAAGCACCCAAAUGAAUUAGUUCUUCAGAGAACCCCUUGAUAAAUGGUUAUUUAAGGAACCCUAAAAGGUUCUGAUUUUAAGGUUCCACAGAGAAUCUAAUUAUGUUCUUUAAAGAACUUUUUUCGGUUCUCUGAAGCACCCAAUUGAAUUAGUUCU